UAGUGACUUAGAAAAUCACAGUGUGCUUGAUUCUUACUUCUGAGUGCAUAUCAAAUGCUCUCUUGGAGUAGAAGAGACAUGCCAUACUUCUUUUUCCAUUUCUUCCUCUCCUGAGUUUCCAGCAGAGAGGACCUUAAGUGAGCAGAGAUUCUGGAAUAGGAAAAAUAAAACUAGUAAGUACUAGGAGAAGAGUGGGCACUCUUAUGGCACAAGGCACUCUCAUAAGUGGUGAGGAAGAAGAGUAGUUGAGAGGUAGGGAAGAGAAGGCAUUCCUUGGCAACACUGGAAAACAUUAGUAUACAUCCUUAUUUACUGCAUUGGCUGUAGCAGGGAGGUGUGCUAAUUCCUAAACUUCAUCUAAAAUUAAUAGCAGAAGUGUUCCCAAUUGUGCCUCUUAUUGGUGCAUCCUUUGUUUCAUUAUUUGAUUUGAGCCCUCUUCACCUUGACAUAGGUUCCAGGGAAAGUGGGGGCAAGGGACAAGAACAGUUUCAAGAGAUAUUUGGGAGAUAGAUUUAAUCCUAACAAAAACACUGUUAGUCAUCAGAUGUUAGUAUCAUUAGUCUCAUGGAAGAGAAGUAAUUUGCACAAGGUCAUAAGGUAAACAGCAAAACUUCAGCUCAGGUCUUUUGACUUCAAGUAUAGAGAUUGUCCCAGAAUAUCAUGUAUCCUCCCCAUGCAGGUGGGGAAAUGGUCCAGGUAAUUAAUAUCAGAACUGAGCCUGGGACAUAGGCAGUGACACUGAGAAUUGGACAUUAUACUGAUGAAGAGAUGCUACAGAUUAGGCAGGCUCUCUUUCCUUCCUUACAUAAGGAACCAUAUUUAGCUUUUUAAUAAUUCUCUAAUAUUUCUAUUUUCUUUAGGUUAUUGUUUGGAAGCAAUGAGUUUAAAACCUUUCACCUACCCAUUUCCGGAGACGAGGUUUCUUCAUGCAGGACCCAAUGUGUAUAAAUUCAAAAUUAGAUAUGGCAACAACAUCAGAGGGGAAGAGGUAGAAAACAAGGAAGUCAUCGUCCAGGAGCUAGAGGAUUCUAUUCGUGUGGUCUUGGGAAACCUGGAUGAUCUGCAGCCAUUUGCUACAGAACACUUCAUUGUAUUUCCCUAUAAAAGCAAAUGGGAGAGAGUGUCCCACCUGAAAUUCAAACACAGAGAGAUUGUCUUGGUCCCUUAUCCAUUUGUUUUCACUCUGUACGUGGAGAUGAAAUGGUUUCAUGAAAACCUGUCAACUGGAAAACCAAUAAACAGCAGUCCUCUUGGGUUGGUCCUGGCAGAGAGGAAAGCAGCAGAAGCCACGAUGAGGAAACGAAAACACGCAGAAGUGCCCAGCUCCCCAGCCUGGCCAGGGCUGGACAGGCCCAAGAAGGGGACUUCCAGUCAAGGGCUCAGCAAAAAGAAGGCCCCUAUGGAAACCAUGAGGAACAGAGAAAGAAAAACCCAGCAGGAACGGCAAGAGACCCCAGCAUUUGAUAUCACUGAUAUUCAGGACCAGGAUUCUAAGUGGGGGGACAGCCGAGCAGGGAAGAUUAUCCCACCACUGCAGCAAAACGAUCCCCCUCCUCCUGAAGGACGCACGGAGCUGGGAACCAGUGGCUUCUUUGGGUUUCUAAGCUCUCUCUUUCCGUUUCGGUAUUUCUUCAGAAGGAGCAGCCAGUGAGCCUCCUAAAUGCAGCGGUGGGAAGAACGUUAUCUCUUGCAGCGACUCCUCCCACUCCACUCUCUGCUUAUGACAUUCCAGUCAUGGGGAACAAGAGCCCCAAAGUCCCUGAGUCCUCUUGUGGGUUUGUCCUUUACAAUGGAAUGUCCAUUUGCCUCUUUACGAUGGAAUGUCCUUCCCCAGUUUAAAACACUAAGAAUGUAACUUUCUAAAAUGCUCUAGUCUGAGAAUUUUACUGCCCUGUGAGCCAGUUAGGUCUUUCAUCUGCAGCACUUAGAUUUCUA